UUAAAUUGAUUAGAAGGGUAGUUUGUAAUAAUGAUAAAUAACAAGUCGUUAGUAACGACAUUGUGUAAAAACGAAAGGCACAUCAACAUAAGUCAUAAUGGAAAAUCAUCAAUUUCUUGGUUCCGAUCCCAGACUUACACUUUUUGCCAACCGAUUGGACAGGGCUGAGAACGACGGAGAAAUAGUCAUGUUCAAUCAGAUGGGCGAACACAACGCAUCCUUCGAACUAACUCAAUAUUUGGCCAGCUCCAAAGAAAUGAACUCGCCUCCUUUUGGGGACACCAGCAACUCCUUGAAAAUCAAAAUUGUCAACGGCAAGAAGGUCAAAAUCUGGCAAUGCGGAGUUUGUGCAAAGGAAUUCAAUCAUCAAUACACAUUGAUGCGUCACCUCCCCACACACACUGAUGAAAGAAAAUACCAGUGCAAUGUUUGUGGAAAGGCUUUUCGUCAAAUGUCAACGCUAUCCCAGCACAAAGCCAUCCACUCGGUGGAGAGACCAUACGUAUGCGAGGUGUGCAGUAAGACCUUCAACCGCGUAUCUACCCUGAUUUCCCAUAGAAAAACCCACACUGAUCUUAAACCGCAUAGAUGUCAUUUGUGCCACAAGGCCUUCCAUCAGAAAGGCAACUUGAGAAACCACAUCUUUACUCACACUAACGAACGACCUUACAAGUGUGACAUCUGCCAAAAAGGUUUCAAUCAAAUGUCCAAUUUAAUGUGCCACAAGUUAAAGAUACACGAUCAAGCAGAAAAGGUAAAGUUUACGUGCAAAAUCUGCGGCGAGGAGUUUCUGAAGCGCCACGCUCUUCGCAACCACGAGAGUUUCACACACGGAAUAAAACCUGACAGCGUCGAAAAUGUAGAGCACGAUAACGGAUUUCAAGAUAAUGACAUGUACGAUAACGCAAUAAUCGUCGAUGCCAUUAAGACUGAAGCCAUGCAACUGGCCUUGCAAACUAACCAAACUCCGUUUGCGUUGUUGAGACCAAUCAAUGGAAUUCCGGUUUUGGUUCGCGUCAUGGCUAUCAGUGAGGAGAAACAGAUUUUGGUGCCCGCUUCUGCCGAAGAACUGAAAAAAUGCGGACAGAUUUCCAUCAAGCCGAAGGACGAUGAUGCUACUAAUGAUGACAAAUCAAGUGUCACAAUACAAGAAGAGAAGCGCAAUGGCACCACCAUACAAAUUAAAGUACCGGUUGUUGCCACUGUCAUACAACAACGUGGAAUUGAAGGUCAAGUCUCCACCGAAGUCAUAAGUCCUGGACCAUCAGAUGCUGAGUUCUACAACUCACAGAAUUCGGAGUACCCCAAUGUAACUGAAAUUAAAGAGGAUUCUGCGGAUGAUAAUUUGAACAAUUCAAAUGUGUCUGAUGACAUUAAUUUUAAAAAUGACUUUUCAAAUGAUUUAGAAAACGUUGAUCCUGAUUUGUUGAUAGACAGUUUCAACAGUGACCUUACUAACUCUUCAACUGAUGAAAUCGAACAACUGAUUUUUAAUACAUAUGCCUCUGAAAUCGACAACUCACCUGACGAAACUGAUCAACUCGUCAUUGAUACUUAUAACAAUGAAGUUGGCAAUUUCAUAAAUGAACCAAUUCCUCAAAAUGAAGUAUCUUGUACAGACGCAAGUCAAGACUUAUUUGAAGAUAUGCAAUUCAUUUUAAUGUAAUGGUGUGAUAUUUAAGCACACUCAUGAUUGUAAUAAUUUUGAAAAUCGGUGGUUGACAAGUGAUGAUCAAAUCUUUUGGUAUUUAAAUGUAAUUUUGUUGAUUCCCAAAUUUUUAGAAAAUCAUUCUAAAUUUGAUUAGGAUAACUAGAUGUAAUUCAUUUAAUUUACUGGUAUGUAACUUUUUAGCAGUAGCAGGAUUUUGCAUUUAUAAUUUAGAAUAUUAUUUAGAAUUAUGUCAGCUUUUGUAAUUUGGAUUUGAGACAAUAAAUUUUAAAAAUAC